CAAUGUCGCAUUUGAUCCGCCUCCUUUGUCAAGGCGAGAUGCCGGAAGGGUACCGAUUCCAUGUGCGUAUGACGUGACUUCUCUAAUCGAUAAUCGUUUGUCCUUGUCAUCAGCUCGUUGCGAAGAGAGACGGAAGAUACUACGCUCGUGAAAACCCGCCGAACUGCAUUGCGCAUAUAAACUUAGUGUCUGUGUAUAGUAUAAACAACAGUGUAGAGAUUAUACUUAUAUGUGACCGCUUAAAAAACCCGUCAAGUGCUCCUAUUUUAAGUCAGUGUUCGGUCACGGACCUAUGCCAGUGGAUUGCUUGAAAUGUGUGGAGUGCCCCAUGAUGGAUUAUUAUAUUCAAGAAGGCUAUCUUCCUAGCGAAUACGCUGAAUACGACUUUGCUGAGGAUGCUUACGAUUUUGAGUGUCAGUUGGCCGAAGCCCGAGAUGUCAAGUUCAACCAGACCCUCAAGGAGCCACUGGCGGUCGGAACACACAUUCUCUGCACCGGCACACCGACAGAGGACUUACCAUGGUUUACAAUUAACAUAGGAUACGGAGACCCUAACAACGGCACAGGGGACAUCGCAGUCCACUUCAACGUUCGGGUCCCGCAGUGCUACGUGGUGCGGAACACGCGGCGGCAUAACAAGUGGGGGAUAGAAGAAACUACUGCAUUUAGAUCAUUUCCCUUCAAAAUGGGCCGUCCGUUCACGAUAGAAGCGAUCGUGGACGAGACGGAGUCGUUCUGGGCGGUGGACGGGGAGCACUACUGCAACUACGCGCACCGGACGCCGUCGCCCGUCGGCGCUCUCUGGCUGCAGGUGGCCGGGAUCCGAGACGCAACGCUCAAUGUGCAGAAAGCUGACUUGUACCCGAUGCUGGCACCGUCUGCUGUAGAGGUGCCCCUUAGACCUAGUUUAGAUGCGCCGGCUUCGGAAGAUGAACCUCUUUGGCGACCAAACAUCACAGCACUAUUACCCAAAGGAAUCCCACCAGGGUACCAACUAGUCAUACAUGGAAGGCUUAGGCCUAUUCUCCACUCGUUCACGCUGAACUUGAUGGACGCGGCGCGCGACUGGCCCGCGCCCAACACGGCGCUGCACGUGAACGUGCGCGCGCACGACGAGGCGCACCGGGAGCGGCAGCUCGUCGUGCUCAACUCGUACUUGGGGGCCUGGGGCGAUGAGCGGAGGCAGAGGACGGCCACGCUCGUGCCUGGUACUCAGAACACGUUCCGCAUCCUGCACGGGCCGGGCGAGUGGUCGGUGUUCGCCAACGACGUGCUCAUCGGCGAGCUGGAGCACCGCGCCGCGCCCGCGCUGGCGCGCGCCGUGCGCGUGCGCGGGGACUUCUUCCCGAACACGGUGUAUCUGUGCCCGUCUUCACACUCGCCCACUACAGAGGACUGGAAGGAUGUGUCCAACUGUUGAUAGGAGCUUGGGGCUCGAGGAUUAUAGGGUGGCUAAAACUGCUAGUCCUAUUUGAAUCAAAGUGGAAGAUCUGAAGCAAUAUAUACCUAGGAGAAAAAUAGACAUGAUAAUACCUGAUCAGUACGUACUUAUAUCAAGUAAUACACUCAUUGAGUUCUUGACAAAUUACCUCAAAAAUCCCGGCCUGGUCGUCUUAUUUGUGACAUGAGUCGAGAUUGAACUGAAGAAAUAGGAGAAAAAGGGAUACUGGACAAAAGGGCCUGAAAGGAAUAGAAUCUUUGACAAAUAUAUUAUCAGUCAUUUGAAAUGUUGUUUUACAAAGUAAAUCUGCGGCUGAUAUAUAUGAGUAGGUAGGUACCUCGUAUAUUAUAUUGUAUCACUAACUUUCUAUUAGUUAAGGCUUACGACAUAGUUAUUGGUGUGCCUAAAGUUCUAAAAUAACGUUUUCUCUUAAGAUUUGUUAUUAGGUAUUGAAAUGAGAUUUUCUAUUAAAGAAAUAGUCAAUUUUAAUGUAGAUCUUCCUAAAUGUUUGGCUUACGAGAGAGUAUUACCGAGUUAUCAAUCAUCUAGAUUUUGUUGUAUGCUAUGCAUUGUAAAUAAAUUAUUAUUGCACAUAAUCGUUACAUAAGAACCACUUGUACAAUUUAGUCUAAGAUAUGUAAUUUAUAGUUAAACGCAUUUAAAUAUAAUGUGCCACUUUCACGAUGAAAUGAGACAUAUUACCCUAUGUUGCUUUACAAAAAAUGCUCGAAUUCUUACUAAUUGAUUUGAAUAUGAAUUACGUUUUUUUAUGUUAAUAUUAACAAAUUUAUAUUUUUUUAUAUGCGCUAGAGAAGACAGACAUAAUAGGUAUAUCCAUGUUGUAAGUAAGGAACAUCUUUCAAUAACACUUCGAUAGUAAACUAAUUAAUGCAUAUUGGUUCGUUGCUGAUACUUACUUAGCUAAUAAACUUUUGUUAGUAAGGAUGGUAUUCCACCUCUCCAAUUUCUUGGUGAGUGUGUAUUUGAGUCUCACGUCUUGCUUAAUGAGAGAGUCAGACGCAAUCACGCAAUACACUUGCACAUUGGACCAUGAAAUCAGGUGGAAUACCACCCCAAUGUAUGUUUAUUUAAGAAUAAGAAAAUACAUUCACUACAUUUUGAAACUGUUUUGAAGAUUGUUUUUAAAUUUUGCGUUUGUACAGUCGGUCAUCAAAAGUUGCUUAAGAAUAAGAAAACACUUUCAUGGAUUAAUGAAUGAUUAAACUGUUUUAAAGAUCGUUUUUUUAAUUUUGUCAUUGUACAGUCUGACUACGUGUCAAAAGUAUCUACUUCACAAAAAGAGUCAUGUCUCUAUGUAGAUCAAUUAUACUGUAGCAAAUAUAAUACGAGUAAACCCCCCUACCACUGUCGGCCGGCUCCCUGACACUACGGGGUUGCGAACUGCAGCGCAGCCAUAAUUGUUUAUUUUUAGUUUUUAGAUAUAUUUUAUAAGAUUAUGCUAAAGCCCGACCAGAAUUAUAUGAUCAUUGUCAAGAGGGCGCUGUUGUGUCCCACUGUUCACUUUAGUAUUAAAAAUUUAGUUCCAAUGAAAAUCCGCAAUAUGGCGCGUGAUCAUAUAUUACUAGUCAGGCUUUAGUUUAUACGGUAUUUAUCUAUGGGCCAAUAGUUGCCCGAAAAUAAAGAUUCAUUCAUUCACUCGUACUUUUGAAGGCGGACUGUACACAUUUAAAUCUCUUUUACCUACAGUCCGUCCAGAAGAAGCCUUUUUAUAUUUUUUCAGUUUAAAUUAAUUAAGUAGCAAAUCUAGAUCCAAAUUCCCUUAGAGUUAGACCAAAAUACCUAAGUCAGCAACGAUUUUAAUAGCACACGCAGUGCAAGUAUUUAUACGUCAUAAUGACAUAAUAACACUUGCACUGUCUAGGCUGUCAAAAUCGCUACCAACUUAAAUUGGUCUGACUCUACCCACCUACCUAAAGUGUUACCUACGUUAAACAUAUAACACUAUAUUGACAAUAAACUUUUAAAAGAG